UGGAGCUUUGCUGUUGGACGUCCCUGCUGCGUCCCUGUGGGCUUCGUGCGACAGCGACAUGGAGGAAUUCGACUCCAAAGACAUUUCCACUUCGAAGGACGAGGACUGCGUGCCGUUGGGUGGAGAGUGUCAUGAAGAUGAUAUAAAUGAAUUAGUGAAGGAAGAUGAAGUGGAUGGCGAAGAAGAGACACAGAAAACCAAAGGGACAAAAAGAAAGGCUGAGAGCGUUCUGGCCAGGAAGAGAAAACAAGGUCGCCUCUCACUAGACCAAGAGGAGGAGGAGGAUGCCAACAGGGAAUCUGGAGGGAAUAUUAGUGAGAAGGAAGAUGCAGCUGCAGAACGGGAAAAAGGUGCUGAGUCAGAGGAUGCCAGGGCAAAGGAGGAUGAAGUGCUGGCCAGCUCCGUCAGUGAUGUAGAACCAAAAUCAGAACUGCCUCCGAGUACACAAAGCAAAACAGGAGAGGAGACUGAAGAGACAAGCGCAAGUCAUGUGGUCAAAGCGGAAGAGCUAGAGAAACCUAAAGAAGCAGAAGAAGUUAAACUCACCAAAUCACCUCUUGCUGGUGAAGAAGUCAGGUUUCUUACACAGCAGGGAAGGCUGUCUGGCAGGACAUCGGAAGAUGAGCCCCGCAGGUCCGAAGGUGUUCAACAUGCUACUGGCGAAGAGCGGAGGGCCGAUACUAACACCUCCAGUAAGAACGAAGCCGCUGGGCCAAAGUGGAAAGGACAGCCAGCUGUCGAUGUGUCUGGUGACGAAAGUAAACUCCGAUGCUGUAAAGAAGAAUACUGCAUAGGAACCUGGAAUGUUAGAUCUAUGAAUCCAGGUAAAUUGGAUGUGGUGAAGCAGGAGAUGGAAAGAAUAAACAUCGACAUCUUAGGAAUCAGUGAACUAAAAUGGACAGGAAUGGGCGAAUUGAAUUCAGAUGACCAUUAUAUCUAUUACUGUGGGCAACAAUCCCUUAGAAGAAAUGGAGUCGCCCUUAUAGUCAACAAAAGAGUCCGAAAUGCAAUAAUUGGGUGCAAUCUGAAGAACGACAGGAUGAUUUCAGUUCGUUUCCAAGGCAAACCAUUCAACCUCACAGUAAUCCAAGUCUAUGCCCCAACUCCUUAUGCUGAAGAAGGUGAAGUUUACCGGUUCUAUGAAGACCUACAACACCUUCUGGAAAUUACACCGAAAAUAGAUGUCCUUUUCAUCAUAGGGGAUUGGAAUGCAAAAGUGGGAAGUCAAGAGAUACCUGGAAUAACAGGCCGGUUUGGCCUUGGAAUGCAAAAUGAAGCAGGGCGAAGGCUAAUAGAGUUUUGUCACCACAACAGGCUGGUCAUAACAAACACCCUUUUCCAACAACCUAGUAGACGUCUCUACACAUGGACAUCACCAGAUGGUCGAUACCGAGAUCAGAUUGAUUAUAUUAUUUGUCGCCAAAGAUGGAGAAGCUCUGUACAGUCAGCAAAAACAAGACCUGGAGCUGACUGUGGCUCAGAUCAUAAGCUCCUUAUUGCAAAGUUCAGGCUUAAGUUGAAGAUAAUACCAAAAACGACUCGGCCAUUCAGAGUGACUAAUGAAGAGGAUGCCACAAAUGAAGAAGCAAAAUCCGUCUUAAAGCAGAAUGAGAAAGAAAAGCCUGAGGCUAAUGUCCCUUCAACUGUGUCCUCAGUUCCUGGUGGGUCAGGCGUGACUAAGGAAGUAGGUGAAACAUCUCAAGAAGCGAAAUCUGUGUUCAAGCAAGAUGAGAAAGACAAACCUCAAGCUGAUGUCCCUGCAGCGGUGCCAUCGCUUCCUGCUGGGUCAGGGCCUGAAAAACGUGACCUUGAAAAGAAAAAGGAUUGCAACAAUUAAGUAUCUGACCUUGUCCUUAACCACCUAAUCUGGUUUGUAUAAAAUACAGUUGUUAACCUGUUUUUGUUAUCUUUUUCUGUUUUGUUAUCUGUUAACAAAACAAAAUUGUUAUUGUUAGCUGUCUUGAAAAUAAUUUUGGCAAUUAAAUCUGACAUUUUUAAAGGGGCGUUUUCAUUGUGAGUGUAAGGCUACCUGCCCAU